UUGUCAUACUUCUCCGGGUUUGCUGUUACCUUCUCUCGUAGCCACAGUUACGCUUCAUUUCUGUGCGACAGCUGUCUGCAUGUAGUGGUUCUAUCAUCAUGCUGACCCAAUUAUUUUCCGGUCUGCUGGCCGGCUUAUAUACCAGACAGGGCCGCCAAGGCAAUGCGGCUUCCACCUGCAGCUCAAAUCUUCUAGUUGACGAUUUCUCGACGUGGUCGACCAACACCAAUAGCCUAGGCCAAUGGACAAGCGAGGAUGGCACCAUGACUUCAGUAUCAGCCUCGAAUGGAGCUCUGACUUUUACGCCGAGCGCCAGCGCCUAUUUCUACGAGACUUUAGCAUGCGAGACGGCUACAACCAAUGGUUACGAUGCCGUCGCAUUUUCCGUUCAGGGGCCAGCGGAAGGUUCAGUGGGCCUUGAGCUACAAACUUCCACAUCGUGUUCAGAGUCUGCGCACGCCAGCUAUUACUAUCAAGUCAGCGGGUUGACUGGAUCCCCUCAAACAAUCACUGUACCCCUAAGCUCCUUCAUCGGCGCGAAUCUCGACGCCAUACAGGGUGUCGUAUGGUUUGGCUUUUCCUCAACAGACUUCUCGUGGCAGUUUGGCAAUAUUGAGUUAGUCUGUAGUGGCAAUAUUUCUACAUCUUCAGCUGCCCCGUCGUUGACGGCUGCAGGUAACAAAGCAGCCGUUAUGACAUCUGACAUAUCUGCUAUCUCGGCCAAGGCAUCAUCCUCGUCAUCCACAACCAGCCCGAGUGCAACGUCAACAGGUAGUUGCAGUAAUUUAUUGAUUGAUGACUGGGAGUCGCAAUCACGGUUGACGUUCCUCUACUACAAUGCCAUGCUCCAAUCGUCUAGCGAUGACUUGACCAUGGCUUCGAUCGUUGUCAGUGAAGACAACCAUGUUACUCUCACACCCAACAGCACCGAUUCGUACUUCUACAGUAUCACACCCUGCGUUAAUACACAAAACACAUAUGGCGGCAUCUCCCUGCCGAUCAGGGCUAAAGCAGGUACCAAAUUUGGUAUACAAUUAGGCUCUCCGGAUAGCUGCGGCAACGAUACGGACACUGCCAAUAUUUACGUAACUACCACCAACCUAGGUUGGACAUUCGAUGGAACCGAGCAACUAUACAGCAUUCCGUUUUCUAAGUUCAAAGGUUUAGAUGUCACCAAAGUGCACACGCUCUUCUUCACAGGUUUCAAAAAUGCGGUAACUUUUGGCCCCAUGGCCUUCUACUGCGGCAAUACCCCAUCUCAGUACAUAGUCCCUGCGACCACGGUACCGUCCGGGCCUACAUCUACCGUGCCUGCUCCUUCCGGAACCGCAAAGGCUUUCACGAUCGACAACUUCUCUUCGGAUGGCGAGAAUGCUCUGGGUUUCUGGCACGGUGCCGACGAGGGCAUGUCCCUCACCUAUGGCAAAAACUCGCUCACAAUCAAGUCGGAUGAUGCCGAUUAUGCCUUCUACACUCAGAUCUCAGAAAGCUGCAGCGACUACACUAGCUAUAGUGGCUCAUACCUACAUAUCGCCUACAGCGGAAGCAACAAGUUCUCUGUCGCGCUGCAGCAACACAAUUCGCAGUGCAACGAGUCGAUCGCACCCUUUCCUGAGACGUGGGACUCUCUUGAAGCAGCACGCUACUCCUCGGCCAACGACAUCUAUAUGCCAAUGUCGCAUUUCAAUAUCAACCAAACCCGGGUUGUUGGCUUUGCCCUUCUAGGAUUUUAUUCAACAGAUUCCACCGUGUUAUCUAAGAUCGAGAUCGUGCCAUCUAUUCCGUCAAAAUUCACCGUCCCAUCCAAGCUACCAAGCGGCAAUCUUGUUUUUGCUUGCAAGCGCCCCAACUCCUUCGCCUUCGCCAUUGAUGACGGAGAUCCGACUCUAGCCCAGCAAGUGAUGCAGGUAGUCAAGGAAGAAGACAUCAAAGUAACGUUCUUCACUGUCGGUGCUCCUCUUGAUGAUGCUAGCACCAACCUGACAAACGUCUACCGGGAGAUGAUGGCCGAUGGCCACCAAAUUGCUCUCCAUUCGUUUACCCACCCCAAAAUGGAAGGUCUUCCAUCUUACGAGGCCAUUGACUGGGAAUACAAUAAUGACUUUGCUGCUGUGGCAGAGGCGUUCAAUGGUCUGCACACACCGUACUUCCGCCCUCCCUUCGGCACGGAGGGCGCACGGAUGAGGCAGCGUCUUGCCCUGGCUUUGGGCACCGAGACACCGUAUAUCGUCAACUGGAGUGUGGAUGUUGAGGACUGGCUUUGGGCCGAGUCCGACACGCCGGAAAAGCAGCUCGAUGCCUUCAAGCGCGACGUUGCUGCUGGUGGCAAUCUAGUAGUCAUGCACUAUUUGUACCCGAGCACGGUAGGCUACCUGAGAGAGUUUAUCCAGAUCGCAAAGGCUACAGGUAAGCAGAUGAUGCGAGUUGACCAAUGCAUGGAGGAUCCGAAUGCUCCACCUUUGUAAGAUUAUACAUACAUGUAGCACCAAGGGCAGCCGGGUUCAUGGACCGAAUUUCGAAUGUACAUAAUUUUAAUUGACAAUACUUUAAAAU